AUGAUGACCAUGACUACGAUGGCUGACGGUCUGGAGACUCAGGACUCCUCUAAGUCUGCUUUCAUGGAGUUUGGGCAGCAGUCGCACUCACAGCAGAGCUCCCCGUCGAUGGCCGGCGGCCACUACCCGCUGCACUGUCUCCACUCCGGCUCACACGCGCACCACCAGCACGACAACAGCCCCUAUUCCGGGAGCAACACCUACAACAGGUCGUUACCUUACCCUUACGUGAGCCAUCCGCACCACAGCCCCUACUUGCCAUCCUAUCACAACAACACGGGCGGACAGACAAGGUUAGAUGGCGCAGAGCAGCAGAAAACGACAGUGAUCGAAAACGGGGAGAUUCGUUUUAACGGAAAAGGCAAGAAAAUCCGCAAACCACGGACAAUUUAUUCCAGUUUGCAGCUUCAAGCACUGAACCAUCGUUUCCAGCAAACACAGUACCUCGCUUUACCGGAGCGCGCCGAGCUGGCAGCCUCUCUGGGACUGACCCAAACGCAGGUAAAGAUUUGGUUCCAGAAUAAAAGGUCAAAGUUCAAGAAGCUGCUAAAGCAAGGCAGCAACCCCCACGAGAGUGACCCCAUCCAGGGCUCCAUGUCUCUGUCCCCGCGCUCCCCGACAAUCCCCCCAAUUUGGGACGUCUCGGCCUCUUCCAAAGGAGUAAACAUGCCGGCCAACAGCUACAUGCCCGGCUACUCUCACUGGUAUUCAUCCCCACAUCAAGACUCAAUGCAGAGAUAGGCAGAAUGCUCAAGAGGCCUACUGGUAUAAGCUGCAAACGUUGACUGAGCGCAUGCAGAGACUGGAUGCUGCAGGAGCGAUGCGCGCGCUCCUGCUGCUCUGCUGCAGGAUCAGCCACAAACGAGAGGACUUACCCCCACCUUUUUGACAUUUUUUUAUUGAUGGCUGUCCCGUGGGCUCACAUCUGUUAAGCUUUCAUUCAUGUCAACAUCUGAACAUUAAUAUACCAAAUAUUAACACUGACGUUUUGGAGCAAAGACUGCGUAAUGCUCCCCGUGCGCUCUGGUUACCUUUUGGGCACCUGACUGCCUUUUAUCUUUUUUUUUCCUCUCCGACAUGCAAGAAUAUGAUCUGUCUGUAAAUAUGAUCUGCGAUUUUAGCUGUACAUACACUUUUUAUGUUUUGUCAGAUUGAGUAAACCGUGCCUCAAACACGC